AGUACCUGUUCCCGUUCGCCAAUAACACCGCCGCCGCCAACCGACGGGUCGGUUACAGAAAACGAGUGGCUCCACGCCAGGGACAAAACUGCGUACUUGGAAGAGGUGCGCAACGUGACACCCUUUGCUAAUAGGUGCCGUGGAGGUGGCGUCGCCUCGUGUAUGGCCGUCCUGCGCACAAGCGACAGCGGAUUCUGCCAAGCGCGGUACACGGCGCGCGCACGAGUGUGAGCAAGCAGCGCUGCCACAGACAGGGGGCCCCCGUCGGACGGAAUACAACCCUCUCUCCCAUCCGUCCGUCUGCCCGCCCGUCUGUCCGUCCGUCUGUCCGACAGACCGACCGACAGUCAAAUUAAUCCGCAGCCAUCGGUCACCGUGUGCUGCCGGUACAAUAAGCUAGCUCUGCACAUGGGGUAAACUGAACACGGUGAGCGCCGGAGAAAUAAUUUUAUCGAGAGAGGAGAGUUUGAGUGGGGCAGCCAGAGGGGGCCAAUGAGAGAGGAGGAGGCGGCGCUGGCAGGUAUCGCGUGAGCCGCCCGGGCGGCAGGAGCGAGGAAUCCAACGGGAAAUCUCCCCUCCCCCGUUAACCGAGCAAAUUUAACAAAAAAUAAACUUUCAACAAAGCUGCAAGAGACGAGAAAAAACCGAGCAACGGUGCACGUACAGUGGCCAUUUUUAGUUUUCUUCUUCAAGACAAAUAUAUACGUUAAAAAAAAAACAAUCGGCCCGCGAAGAAAAAACAAUUGAAAUUGUAACUAUUAAACAAAAAAGAAAAGCAACAUUUUAAAUUGAGCCGAAGUUUGUUGGAGAGGUUGGCGGGAGGAAGCAGACGGAGAAGGGGGAGAAGGGGGGUGAUUUCGUACGUGCGAGCGGUGGCCGUGGAAUGGCCAGGAUGAAUCGCCUGGCGCCCGUGGAGCUGAGCUACAAGAACAUGCGCUUCCUCAUCACCCACAACCCCACCAACGCCACGCUCGACAAGUUCAUCGAGGAGAUGAAAAGGUACCACGUGGGCACGUUGGUCCGUGUGUGCGAGCCGACGUACGACAAGACGCCCGUGGAGAAUGAGGGCAUCACCGUGCUGGACUGGCAGUUUGACGACGGAGCGUCGCCCCCGGACGGGGUGGUGGACGCGUGGCUCGACCUGCUCAAGGACAAGUUUCGCGACGAGCCCGAGCGUUGUGUCGCUGUACACUGCGUGGCCGGGCUGGGCAGGGCGCCCGUCAUGGUGGCCCUGGCGCUCAUCGAGGGCGGCAUGAAGUACGAGGAUGCCGUCGAGCUCAUCCGAGAGAAGCGGCGGGGAGCGAUCAACACCAAGCAGCUGCUGUACCUGGAGAAGUACCGCCCCCGCAUGAGGCUGCGCUUCAAGGAGACCAACAGCAAGGCCGGCUGCUGCCUGCAGUAGCCGGCACUCGGCCGCGCGGAGAAAAUCUCCCGGGAGAUCGGCGGAGGGCUUUGCGAAAGUUUCAUGAGACCUUCGCCGCGAUCGUUUGUGAGAGAUCAUGGGAGAUCGCAGGAGGGGUUGGGUUUUUUUUGCUGCUGCUUCUGCAAAGGGUCGCGCAGAAUCUCGUUGGCGACCGCAAGAUUCUCGAGGAGAGAAAGAUUGCGACGGAUCUCGAUAUUUUUUCACGAGAGUUUUUCACGAUCGAUUGCGAAAGAUCACGGGGGGAGAUAGGGAAAGUUUUUUUUUUUCGAGAUGUGAACGAAGGAGUUACGUGAUGGUUUCGCAAUUGGUCGCGAGGGAUUUGCGAGAGAUCCGUCAGAGAUUACAAUGAUUUGCGAGAAAUUGUGAGUUUUCCGGGAGAUCUCCGCACACGCCAUUGUUGCCAAACAAAGUACCUCCUCCUCCACCUCGUCCACCUCGUCCACCUCGUCCACCUCAUCCACCUCAUCCCCAUUGAGCCAGCCGCCCCCGGUAACUGACGACCCGGCACCGCAGGAGCACAGCGAUGCACAUCCGUUUCUCGCUUUCUCUGCUCGUUCCUUGAUUUCUCUGGACUCCUUGUUCUUAACUGUUGGCUUCUUUCCGUCUUCAGUUUCUACUUCAUUCCUCCUGUGCUCUGUCACCUUGCUCUGCUGGCUACUUUCGGCCGCCUCGAACUCUGCUCAACGUCAACUCAUCUCCACCUUCUCUCUCGGCCUUCUCAAUCUUAUCUUCUCAGAUGUUUCUUUCCCUCGUUUAUUCUUUUACUCGUCUUCCCUUGACUUUCUGUUCAUCUUUUUCUCACGCUGGUUUCUUGUCCCCUCACCUUUCACUUUUUUCCUGCUUCUAGUCGUUCUCUUUUACAUUCCCGUUUUUCCUUCUCUGUUUGCUACAUCUUCAUCAGUCUCUUCCAUUUCUUAACUUCACAGUCUUGCUUUAUCUUUUUCUUGAUCUACUUCUCUCUAUCUUGCCCUGAGUGUUCUCUCCCCGUGUCACUCCUCUCACUGCCUCGACUCACUCUCGUUCUAGCUCGCUCGCUCUCUUGCUCGCUCGCUCGCUCUCCAUCUCUGCAAUUGCUCAGUCCACACACUGCUCACACCGCCAACGUUGUUGCCAAAACAAAAAUGACGAGCAGAGCUAAAAUUAACAUUUCAUCAGUCGGAAAGCCACACACACACUCCCCCCACCCCGUCCACAAACAGCUGGUUCCGGACACUAAUUGUGUACACUUACCACAAGUGAGCAUGGAAGAGCUGGCCAAAUACGCCCUUUGGAGCUUCCUCUAAGUGGAGACCCUUCCUGCCAGCAGUAGCGUGAGUGAGCCAAGUGCAUUGUUGCAUCCUUUUACCAGAGUUUUACUUUGAAUCUCUUUGGGCGUCAUCAGACGCCCGCACAGAAUCAAGUUCGUUACCACGGAGUGGGGGCAGAAAGGCUUGAGUUAAAUGGGAUGACCAGAACUACACCAACAGCAGCAGCGACGUGACCUGUACAGGCAUUGAAAUCAAUCGCUAGGCCCCAACUGUGUUAUGACCAGCGAAUGCGGUGCCCAUGAAUUUAAAAAGGAGCACACACAAAGACAAAGAUCCCCCGUAUAGCCUUAACAGACUGUUGGGGUAAGUGCUGUUAGCGAGCACAUAUGAAGGCUGGAACGGCACACUUAGGGGGUGGGUGGCUAAUAAAAAGGGAGCACACACGCACAGUCCACAAUUUUUUGAGCCAGUUCAGACCUCGUCCACCUUCGCCGUGAAACUUUAACCCAAAAUUCAACCAUUAACCCCUCCGCUGUCACCGUGUCUCUCGCUCGCCUUGACUUGAUACAGCUCAGAGGAGCCUCUAUUUUCAAUGAAUUUUUCUGUUGUACCAUGUGUUGUUUCGCACGAUGUCCGACGUUUUGCUUUAAGUGCUGGGAGCUCCUUGAGGAACUCCUCUGUUGAAUAGUUGUCCAAGUUGCAAAGCAGCAAAGGCUACAACGGUGGCGGAGAUGGAGUGAGAGAAAUGACGAUUCUUGAGCCACCACUACCACCACCCACACCAACCACAACUACCUACAGCACCGUCACCACUUCCACCACCUGCACCACCACGACCCCCACACACCUCAAACUUCGCCACGACGAUUUGAAAAAAUCCCGCCGUUUGGUCAUGCGACGCCAUUCUUGUCCCAGCUCUCGUUUCUGCAGAGCUGGCUCUGGUACAGUUUUGCCACCCGUGUCCAAACUUCAAAUAAACGCAAGUUUCAAAUCUAAA